AUGAUGUGCUCCAUUGGGCAACUGCUGCUUUUCCUGACCUCCAGUCAGGUUGUGGCGGCUUUGCACUAUGAGAGCCACCAGCAUCGCAGCUGGACACCGUACCACGUGGUGGACAAGGAGGUUUCUGGAAAGAAGGAAGUUCUUGCUGCGCGGGGGAACCCCCCGAGGGACGCGCAGUUAGCGACUGGUGAGGCAUCCGCGGCAUCCUCCUUCAUGAGGACGGAACAGCUGAAGCAAGGUCGAGAGAUGGCGAUGAAGACUGCUCGCAGGCACAGGUUGCAGCAUGACGUUCUGAAAGGGCUGCUGCCAGUGGCUGCUAGCUUCAGCCUUCUGCUGGGCUGUGUGGCCAGUCGACUCAUCCCUGUCUCGCCAAGAACGACCAGCUGCAGUUUGCCCGUGGAAACGACACCCUUGAUGAGACUCUGA